UCGGGAAAUACCAUCAAGCACGUUGAUGAUGGUCGAUAAUUAUAAUUAUUUAUGUAUUAAAUAACAAUGCAGCCAGCAACAAAACCGAUCUCGUUUUGGAAUUCUAUUUGCAUCAAAAGCGUCGAGAGAUUUUAAACGAUAUUUUUCUAGUAGGUUGUGCAACGUAAUUAGUGGGAUUUUGGAUACUGAUAAGGCGGUCCUGACCCCGUGAGUUCAAGUCAGUUGGUUGGCGAUUGUUUUCCUAGCUUAAAUGUCAAGUGGAAGGUUCGGAUUUAUUCGUGGUCCCCUGUUAACAAUAUCAUCAAUCUAUUUUUAAGCAUACCUACGUACGUACGACCAUCGCGGCGGAUCGUGCCGAAAAAAUUCCACCGGUACGUUUUAUUCGGCCUAACUAACCGAAUCGGCGGCACAAGAAAACUUUUGGCAGUACCCGACGGCGUAGGUAGUACUACUUUAAUUAGGACCGGUCAUGAGGAGCCGAUUCGCGGUACUUUUUGCCCUGAUGGUGGCCGUGCUGAUGGGGAACGUGGCGCAGGCCAAAGUGUACACCAAAUGCGGCCUCACCAAAGAACUGCUGAAUAAUGGAUUCGAGAGGAGUUACGUGGGGAAUUGGGUUUGUCUUGUUGAAAGCGAGAGUGCCAAAAAUACAUCUAAAGUUACCGACAAAGCCGACCGAACGAAAUCCUUAGGGCUCUUUCAGAUAAAUAGCAAGGAUUGGUGUAAAUUUGGCUCGGUAGGAGGAAAAUGCCAGAUAAAAUGUGAAAAUCUCAUAGACGAGAAUAUCCAAGAUGACUCUAUUUGCGCCCGCAAAAUCCAAAGGGAAUUGGGAUUCCGCGCUUGGGACGGCUGGCUUCGGAGUUGUUAUGGGCGGAGGCUAUCCAUUCCACCUUGCUAGUGUCUGCAUCACACCUAUUCGAUAGCAUAUAUCUAUUAUACUGGUUGUAACGAAGUGAUAUGUGCACCAAACUUUACCACUAAUCUCUAAGUAGAAGACCAAACAUAAUAAAACUGUUUAGGUUAUAAACAAAAAAUAAUAUACUUGUUUACUAA